AUGAUAACAAAUUGGGUGUAUUUGUGGGCCGGCAUUCUUUACCGCAACCACAUGUGUUGUUUCCGUAACUCAGCGUCAUUUGAACGCAAGAAUUUCACAUAUAUUCUGGUUUGGUUCACCAAGGUAUUCCCCCGACUACUGGAUCUGAUGCCGAGUCCGAGCGCUUUAAUUAAAUCAAAACUUAUUAAAUCCGCUCUUAAGGCGGCAUUAAUUCCCAAAUUGGUUACUAUUUAUGAGACAACCGAUGAUUUAGAGACACGACAAUUGAAUAAUCCAAAAGUUGUAAAACUGGUUCUCAAUGAUAAUUCUGUCAUAAAUGCGUUAUUGAGUCAUUUGAAUGACUCAAAUGUUGACAAUGUCUUCAUUCUGGAGUCACUUCUUCUAAUUCAAUGUCUGGUCUAUUAUUCGCCACAUUUUGAGACCACAUCUCAAGUGUUGGUGACUUUAAUACAGUUAACAACAUUCAGUGAUUCUGUUGUCAUCAAAUCGCGACAAUUGAUGAUCACAUCUAAAGCCGUGAAACAAAUUAUUCAGCUCUGGAUUGACUACAAAAAUGACGACACUAUAGUAAACCCAGCGUUUGGUAUAAUCUUAGGUCUUUUGGCCAGACAUCCAAACUAUAGGAAACAUCUGUUGGGCGAAGAGAUUGAUCUCUUAGAGCACAUCCCAGAUUUGAUCAAAACUAAUGAAUUUAAUAAAAUUAACGCAAUCACUAUUAUUAGAUACUGUGCAAUGCGACCCUUUGAAAAUCAAUUGGAAGAGUUGGCUCCGGCCCUUUGUUCACAACUGGAUUCCGAUGACAACAACUACUUGAAAACAGUAUUGAUAACAAUCAUACACUUCCUAUUCACUGAGUUUAAGACAUAUUUGGCUAAAGAGAAGAAGCGACCGAAUCCGAGACAGGCUUUGGGGCCGUUCGCCGAACUGAUCCGAGACUCGGGUGGUCUGCGGCUAUUGAACCGCAUUAACGACAACCGUAUGACCAAAGAGUCGGAUAACAGCGCUUACAGGUUGUCAGAAGUGGAGCGUACGGUAGAGGAGAUACUGGCGCUGGCCUUCGGUGUGGAGACCCGACCCAUACUGCGUCAGGAGUCAUGGGUGGCUCACACUGUAAUCCACCGUUGGGUACGAGAAGUAACCGAUUCUUACUGUCAGAGCUGUGAAAAAGAGAAGAAGUUAAAAGUGUUGGCCAACACUCCUAUCUUUGAGUGCUCGCACGCGGCUCUUUGCAGAGACUGCGCCACCGCUGCUCUCAUUAAACACUAUAACAACGACCUCAAGACCCCCACCUGUAAGGCAGCCAAUUGUGGUGCG